AUUUAUUAGUAGCGUAAUAAAGGAUAUAUUGCAACAACAUUAACAACUAAUCUAUAUUUGUUAUUGGUUGACGUAUUCGGCCUUAUCCUCAUAUUUUUCAGUUCCCUUCCUCGCACACAUCAAGGUUGGCAGACUUUUAAUUUCUACUGGUUGGUCCUCGGUGCGGUUGGUAGUCUGUCCAGAUGUGCAAUGUCAAAUCCAUCAAAAUAAAAAACAAUACAAAUAAAAAGACCUAAUAAAUAUGUGGAAGACGUCCAAGUUGGAUCUGGUGAACGACAAAGACUCGAUAUUUCAGGAGCUGAUAAACGAGUGCAAACAUGCGGCGCCCGGAUCGAGGCUGUCCUAUCCGCUUCGGACGAGGCUCGAGAAGCAUCCUGAAGCGAUCCGAAGAGAGAUUGUCAACAGGGUGAAAGUGGGAUGUACGGCGUUGUUUUUCGCAUGCAAACAGGGACAGGCCGAAAUUGUGGAGUAUCUGAUAACGCAGUGCGGGGCCAACAUUGAGCAAAGGGGACUCUAUGAAGUCCAGGAGGACAGUUCUUUUCAUUCAUUUAGAUCGACGCACGUCGUGACGCCGCUGUGGUGCGCCGCGGUGUCAGGCAAGUUGCCCGUCGUCGAGAUAUUGCUGCGACACGGCGCCGACAUAAACGCCGUGUCGGACACAGGCUCCACACCGGUCCGGUCGGCCUGUUUCAUGACACACUUCGAGAUCGUCAAGUAUUUGGUAAUCAACGGGGCCGACAUCAACAGACCCAACUACAACGGGGGCACCUGCCUUAUAAAUUCGGUGCAGAGCGCCCAGCUGUGCGAUUUCCUACUGAAAAACGGUGCGGACGUCAACGCCAGGGACAUACAGAACAAGACCGCCCUCCACUAUGCAAUACAGGAACACAGGCUGGAAACAACCAAGUUAUUGUUGAGCAAUGGGGCCAAUUACGAGGCCAAGUCCAGAUACGGGGACGACGCCCUUCAGAUGGCGUGUUUGAAGGGCGCCAAUCAAAUCUUUAAAUAUCUCAUCGCAAACGUGAAUUACACGCCGGAAAAGUUGGCCAACGCCCACGAAUUGAUGGGAGCCACGUUUCUGGACGAACACAACGACGUCGUACUAGCACUUUACCACUGGAAGGAGGGACUGAAUAUUAGACAGGCAAACGGACUGACAAAGAAGCGGCCAUUGAUGCCACCCCGUGAGGGUUACAGGUUUCAGAAGGAGUUUGAAACGCUCGAGGAACUGGAGAACGUUUCAACUGACCUCGAUGCGAUCAGGACGCACAGUCUGAUGAUCGCCGAGAGGAUACUAGGCCCACAUCACAAAGAUACUAUAUUUAGGUUAAUGUACAGAGGAGCAGCGUAUGCGGACGUGAUGAGGUACCAACACAGCAUCGACUUGUGGCGGCGAGCGCUCGAGAUACGAAUAGAAAAGGACUCGAUAUUGUAUACCGACACGUGCUUCACCGCCCAGGCCAUCGUAAGACUGAUGAUCGACUUCAACGAGAAAUCGUACAUGAUGAAUGAAGAUAACAACGGUCAACGGUUCUUGGACAUUGUUUCGACGUUCAAAAUCAUGACCCAAGAUAUAGUGGAAAUGAGACACUUAUUAACCAUCCGUCCAGUCUAUAAGCGACAGGCGGAGUUCUUCGAUAAGGUCUUGAAAUGCAUCACACAUUUGAUCUACUUAAUGAUCGACACGGCGAAAACGCCUCCACAAAAGGAGCACGUCAGGGAACUAAUAUCGGAUCUAGUUAGGAAGAACGUUAAAACUGUGACGUCGGAGGAUUCGAUUUUACAUCUCUGUGCGUCCAAAAACAACACCAUCCGUUCCAGUUACUUUACGGAUGAGGAGCCGAUCAUGAUUUUCCCACAUCUUGGUGUGAUUAAGACUCUGUUAGACUGUGGUGCUCCGGUUAAUGCACGGAACGAUGGUGGGAAUACGCCACUUCACAUAGCUUCAUUACCAACAAAUUACACAGAAUGGCUAAUAAAACUCCUAUUACGCUACGGCGCACAUAUAGACCAGCCGAAUUGUCAGGGUGACACGCCGGCUCAUGAAAUUUACAUAAACACAAAAAAUACCGACAGCGACAUACAAAUUUUGGAUUACAUGCGUCUGACUUGUAUCUGUGCCACAGCAGUUGUAAAAUAUGGUAUAAAUUAUCAGGGACAGGUACCGAAAACGCUGGAGAACUUUAUCCACAUGCACGAACCACAAUGAUAACGGGGUGCUUUCAUAUAGAAGCAUUUAAGCUUCAAGAUCUGAUGGGAAUCUUCUUGAAACGGUUUCUUGUAUUUUAGGAUACUGUAUAGGUAAUUUUUGUGAUUACGGCGCUUCUGAGGUAGGUUAAUUGGGCUCUUCGAAAAAUAAUUGUGCUCAACGCACUUCUAGUCAUAAACACGUUUUUUAUUGACUUUUUAACUUAUGACGUUACAUUCAAGUUUUGAUCAUUUGUUCAAGGAGAAUCCGAUUUACCUACCAUUGAAGGGUUUCCUCCAAUAUCAAAAAAUGUUAUAUUUGUCUAAUAAAAGGUGAUAUUUCGUAUAUGUAUUUUUAGCAUUUUGAAAUAUAUAUACAGGGAUGUUGAAUUACAGCUAAAUUCAAUGAACGAUUUUUUU